CUGGCUAUUCAGUAGGAUACAAUCGAUGUUGAUACCAGACCCAACUUAUGAAUGAAUUCGUACUUUACGGAGGAUUGUUUGCCUAUUUCAACCAAGGCAAGGUACAUUUGCCCACCUUGUUCUCAUAAUACACAGUCAGUGAUUUGCCGGUACACCGAAGCAUAGCUGAUGCUAUAUUCAUAGUCCUUCUCAAAUCUGGACGACGAAACAACACAGCUUGGACGGUCAGGAUGAAGCAGGUCUUAGCAGGCCAUCUACAUGGGCAAAACGGGCCACGGACAAGCAUCUGGAGCUGAUGCUCUAAGCAUCGUCUUUCUCAAUUCUGCACCACGAACCAACACAGUAUGGAUGGACAACCACAGGCUGCUGUCAGGGAGAGGGACACUCAGGAUGAAGCCGGUCCUAGCAGGCUACCUGGAGAAUCAUCUAUCAAUGACAAAACUCUGUUCAUAGUCGCCGAGAGACUUGGUCCUGAAUGGGUACAACUGGCACUUGAGCUGUGCAUUACCAGGAUACAGAUUCAGACUAUCGAGAGAGUCUACCCACAAAAUACCAUAAGGCAAGGUCUUGAAAUGCUUGGGACAUGGACACUUGCCCAGCCUACCAGUAUUGAACUGCAGAAGACAACGUUGCGCGCAGCAUUGAGGAACAUCGGAAGAGCAGAUAUUUUUUGCGAAUCAUGUAUAAAUGACAAAAUUCUGUCCGAUGUCGCUUCGAGACUUGGUGAUGGAUGGGUAACACUGGCACUUCAGCUGGACUUUACCUUGACACAGGUUAAGACUAUCGAGACAAACUACCCACAGGAGACCAAAAGGCAAGGUCUUGAAAUGCUUGAGACAUGGAAACAUGAUCAGUCCAUCAGUGUUGAACAGCAGAUUACAACGUUGGGCGCAGCAUUGAAGAACAUCAGAAGAACAGAUAUUGCAGAUUUUCUGAAAGACUUUCCAACAUUGUUAAUAAAGACAAACGCGCCAUGGAAGGAGACGAAGACCGCUCGCGCUACUGGUAAUUGGGAUGGACCACGUCACCAGGUCGCAGCUAUCAUAGAAUCAUGUGACGGAGUGCUUGAGCAAGUAAACCAAGGGUCUGUGACAUUUGUUGUACGCAUCAUGAGUCGGGAGGGUCUGGACAAACUCUGGAGGAUGUACACCAGCGGAGAACUCGCAAAGAAACUGACAGAGCUUCUCAUUACGGAGGAACUGACAACAGAGGAUAAGAGUAUCCGGGAUAUCCAGGCGACUAUACCGAAAAACGAUUACGAUCAAGCCUGCGGAUUCUUUGAUGAAUUGAAAAACCAGCGGAAAGAAUUUCCAACAGUGUCAGUAGAGACGGAUGCAUCAUUGAAGGGGACGGAGACCGCUCGGGCUACUGGUAAUCUCAGGAUGGACAUUGCCGACUCAAACGAUUGGGAGGGACAGGAUUAUAGACGUCAUCAAGUCUCAGCUGUCCUAGAAUCAUGUGACGGAGUGCUUGAACAAGGAAACCCUGGGUCUGGGACAUUUGUUGUUCGUAUAAUGAGUCGGGAGGGUCUGGAUAAACUCUGGAGGAUGUACACCACUGGAGAACUUGGCAAGAAACUGACAGAGAUUCUUAUCACGGAAGAACUAACAACAGAGGAUAAGAGUGACUUGGCUAUCCAGGCGACUAUACCGGAAAACUAUUACGAUCAGGCCUGCGGAUUCUUUGAUGAAUUGGAAAAAGACCAGCAGAAAGAUGAAGAGGACUCGAGCGGCAUGAUGGAUGUAGAGCACAAAGAACUUGGAGAAAGCAGCCCAGCAAAGACGGGUUAUAGUAGUGAUCCAGCUGAACAAUCUGCAGAGAGAUCAGCAGAAAAACUGGAGAUAUUGCAUACGACAACAGAGGGUGCGUUUACUUUUGAGGUCAUGCAAGCAGACACGAUGGACACGACAACGGAAGGAUUCACGGGAGCCAGCAUCACGGCGGAGGAGGAUCCGAUUGAGGCCCUCACUGGAACCGUCGCAAACUUGAAAUUGGCAUCCCGGCGCACUUUGGCUACGCCUGUUGGACAUUUCCAUCUGUCUUUGCUUUGUAACCGAAGUCGACUCACUGAUAUUACUGCCGACUUCAAACGUGGUCAUCUCUUGGCCUACUUGGAGGAGAAGAGGAUGAAAGCGGAACGUCACGCCAUUCGUAACCUUCUAGGCGUGCUCGCUUACAGGCAAGAAAACGACCGUCAGGGCGCCUUGGAUUACUUCAAUCACAUCCUCUCUCCGGGAGAAGACCCAGACAACCUGAACGCCAUGGCCAACCGUCAUUUUGUGAUGUCUACGUCCAGAGGUGGAAUUCCCGUGGCUGCUCCUGACGAGCCUGAUUUAUCUACAAAAGAAGGCAAGAGGGCACAGGCCAGGAGAUACGCCGAACAAGCCUUUGCCCUCAUUGACGAAAAGAACAACGAUGCUAUCUAUUAUGAGCGAUCCAGCAGAGUGCUCGAGCUUUGCAAUCAGGCGAUGGAGCUGGCGGGUCACCUCGUCGAUCUAGACGAGAGCAAUGAUUGGAAGUACCUGGCUGGAGAAGCCAGCUACGAAAUGUUACGGAAAACAAUGAAGACAAUUGAGACACACGACGAGGCCUGUCAAGCUAUGAAUAAUGCUGUCUGGAGCUUUUGGACCAUAGCGGAACAUCCAUCUACGGAUGUCAACAUGAAAAGCUCGGCCUGGGUUCAUAUUGGUGUAUUAUUCUCCUGGGUAUCGAAAUGGAAUGUACCGAUAGGAGACGUACCAGAAUCUCUGUCGGAAUUUAUCGACGAUCCGGAAAGAUGCGUACGCAAGGCGAGGGAAAUAGUACCAGAUUCCCCGCAGGUUCUUAAUUAUCUUGCUCGUUUUCGUAGCCAAGCCGGUGAUGUGGAAGAAGCACUGAGGCUAUACGAGGAGUCCAUUCUUCUACCAAGCACCAAAGAGAAUUUCUUCGCGUACUCAAGCAGGGCCGAACUCUGCCUCAAGGAACACAAACGUGCCGUCAGCGCAGAUGCUCCCGAUCGGAGACACCUUGAUCAAGCCAAAGACGACUUGGAGUACAUCCUUACGAAGCACGAAUCGCCAUUGGAUUAUGCGAUGCUGGCUGAUGUGUGCCUACAAAUGGCUAAGAUCCCCAUCGACUCAGCAACAAGACAAGAGUACCUCACAAAGGCUCUGCACAACUGUUUCAUUUCAGAGAACUGCCAGAGAGGCAACGAACGGGACCAACUUUACAAUGUCCGCGGACGAUGUCAGUGCUUACUCGGCCAGCAUAGAAGAGCAAGGGAGUCAUUCAAACUGGGAAUGAGAUGCGAAAAGAAAUUGGGCUACAGGUGGGGAGAAUGCGGAAGCCUUCUAGCCGAUUGCGAAGAUCACCAUCGUCUGGGAGACGAUUACUAGAGAUGGCCGGAGACCAGUGGCUUAUCCAGGUACUGUGGGGGAUGUUUCACAGGAAACAAUAAUUAUUCUGAAAUCCGGAAUCAAAAGUCCACGUACAGCAAUAGUAUGAUAACGUUUUACUUACAUGGGACUGCAGUUGACGUUCAGUGGAGUAAAAUCCCUUGGGAGAAAGGAAGAUAGUUCUCCACGCUCUAGCUUGUACAUUAUCUUGUAGCUUUCAAGAACAGGAAAAACCACGGUAUACAUGUAAUUACAAAUGUGCAUCUUCGUUUUUUUGUUUAAAAUAUAAUUCUUCAUGAGACCGACUGGCAAAAAUUUGCAACCAAAAGAUGUAUAAUACAACAUUUAGGUUACCUUAUGCGCUAUUUGUAAAGUGAUGCUGUCUACUGUUUGUAACUGAAAAUGUUUAAUCAAGAACUCAUUAAUAAUAUUCAUAAUGUAAAAUUGCAUAGUAAGUACAGCUUUUAAUGAACUGGUAAAUUGAAGUUUUACGUGGUAAGUCUUGAUAUUUGUAGCGGCUAUACUUUCGGAAAAUUCCAAUAUUUUGAAGUUAGAGACUGUUAAUCGUGUGCAUACUGCCUAUUAUUAUUUGUAACGUAGACUGUCACCAACCCUUUACUUUUCACAAAGAACAUGCUUAGGUUUAGCUCUGGAAGAGUUGUGUGAACCCUGCGGCCCUAUUUUGGUAAAAUGAUGUAUCUCACUUGAAGGACAUUUUAAGAUUUAAAGAUUUAAAGAUUUAAAUGUUGCCGUUUUGGUCUUUAGGUCUUCAAGACUGUGAAGCAGUCAUUUUUUUUGUGAAAAGUAGGUCACGUGACCUUUAAUAUGUUAUCGUGACCUUUGACCCAAUUUAUGUACUUAUGUAUCAUUCCGAAAAUCAACGAAAAUAAAAUGACUUGAUAGAGCAUGUCUUCCUCCACCCACACAACUUACUAUUCUGUUUCUAAAGGUACUUAAAUUAAUCUUGGGUUGGGAAUUUCUCAUGAUGAGGUCAAACCAGACUCAUAAUAUAAAUUAUCAG